CUCCCCUCAUCCCUCACGUAUAAAUAGGAGUCGAACAUAGCCUAUUCUCACUUCAACACUCGCAGUGAAGAAUGAGAUCCUUAAAGCACCUGAAGCCACACAGCAGGAGGAGCGUGGAGGAGGCGAGCCGGCGCCUGGGUAGAUGUGAGCCCAAGGUAAUGGCCAGGCUGGUGGACAUAGGCACACAGACAGAUCCGGUAGUUGUGCUGUCCUUGGCCCAGGCCGCCGUGCUAGGUCUCAUCUCCCAGAAUGAAGUGUUUGGAGCUACCAUUGCACCCAACGGCUUCUACACCGGCGAACCUAAAGAGUCCCCUGCGCCCCCAGUAGACGGAGUCGACUACGAGUACGCUGACCAGCUUAUCGGAGCCAACGGAGAUUACCUAGGAGACAACCUCGGAGAAGACGGACAGAUGCAACCCAGCUGCAGUCAGAGGAGGUGGCAGCAGGGGCCUCCCCAGCAUCCUGAUGGGAAGAUGGUUGUCCCAGAUCGACAUGGCCUCCAAGGCACUGAUGUGUCCUCAUCCCAUGUGAAAGGGGAAGGGGUGACCUCUGGAUUGUCCUCUUGUGUCCACAUGUUGAACAAUAUGGCCCCCAGAGGUGGUCUGGUGCAAGUAGAUCCAGCCUCUCUGAGGGCCGCCAACAAGAACUGUGUUGAGUGUGAACGUGAAGCGAAUAACCAGCCGCAAGUCAACGCUCACGGCCACCCUCCUCCCUCCCAGGUGCCCCACAGAGGAGCAGAGCAGGGCCACAGGGGACUGCAAGGCCAGCGCCCCAUGGGGGCCCAUGGUCGAGGUGGAAGAGAGGAUGAAGAAGAUGUAGAGCACCAGGGAAACGCGAUGAUGAAGCCCACGCAGCAAGAGGAAGCUAUCAGCAGCUACUUCCAGACCAGCGAAGUGGGAAGCUACGAUUCGGCCGAAAUGGGCAUGGGGGCCGAGUACGAGGACAACAGCCAGAGCAUGAUGUGGACAGACGGCGGGGGAGGAGGGCAGCACCAGCAGCCUCCGCACCCGCAGCCCCCUCGUCGGCACGGUGGACGCAGAGUCGACAGGCUGGAUAUCAACAUCCAGAUCGACGAGUCGUACUGCGUCGACGUGGGGGACGGUCUGAAGCGCUGGAAGUGCCGCAUGUGCGAUAAGUCAUACACGUCCAAAUACAACCUGGUCACGCACAUCCUGGGCCACAACGGCAUCAAACCACAUGCCUGUCCACAUUGUGGGAAGCUCUUCAAGCAGCCCAGCCACCUACAAACCCACCUUUUAACCCAUCAAGGUACGCGUCCGCACAAGUGCACCGUAUGCAAGAAAGGCUUCACCCAGACCAGCCACCUGAAGAGACACAUGCUCCAGCACACCGACGUCAAGCCCUACAGCUGCCGCUUCUGUCGCCGCGGCUUUGCCUACCCCAGCGAGCUGAGAGCGCACGAGGUGAAGCACGAGCGCGGCCGUUGCCACGUCUGCUCGCAGUGCGGCAUGGAGUUCCCCACAUACGCCCACCUCAAACGCCACCAGACCAGCCACCAGGGCCCCCACACCUUCCAGUGCACGGAGUGUAACAAGUCUUUUGCGUACCGUAGCCAGCUCCAGAACCACCUCCUGAAGCACCAGAGCCCGAGGCCUUAUACCUGCUCCCAGUGCGGCCUGGAGUUUGUGCAACUCCACCACCUACGACAGCACUCGCUCACACAUAAGGGGAUGAAGGGCCACAAGUGUGACGUCUGCUCCCGGGAGUUCACGCUGUCGGCCAACCUGAAGCGGCACAUGCUCAUCCACAACAGCGUGCGACCGUUCCAGUGUCACGUCUGCUUCAAGAGCUUCAUCCAGAAACAAACCCUCAAGACGCACAUGAUCGUCCACCUGCCCGUGAAGCCAUUCAAAUGCAAGGUAUGUGGCAAGUCUUUCAACAGAAUGUACAACCUGCUGGGCCACAUGCACCUCCACGCUGGCAGUAAGCCUUUCAAGUGUCCUUACUGCACCAGCAAGUUCAACCUGAAGGGGAACCUCAGCAGGCACAUGAAGGUCAAGCAUGGGAUGGACGUCUCACCCGAAGGACAAGAAGUUCUUCCCGAAAUGGAAAGCCAGGAUCAGUAUGAAGGACAGAACUUCGGCUUUACGUCAGCAGACAGUAUGGACAAUGGAGGCUCCCAAAACCUCACGAAACUCACUACAGCCAACAUGGAGGACAUGGAGGAGUAUUACAAUUUCGGAAAGGAUACAGGCAACUACACAACACCAUGAGUGUUGGUGGACCACAGAGUACGUUCAUUGUCUUGUUUUGGAAUAAUCCGUUUUUUUGGGGGGAGGACAGAAGGAAGUGACAUAUAGCUGCUGUCAAGGUUUGGGAGACUCUGCGAAAGAGGUUUUCCGUUCAGUGUCGGCCUCCUUCCAGAAGAGCCUGACCUGACGGGACUGAUGCGAGGCCAGGAAGGAGGAACACUUCAACUCUGUUGCUCAUAACAGAGACACUGAAACUGCUGACGCGAUCCGGAGCUCCCUUUUUUUGGUUUUGGGAUUUAUACGCUUGUCGACUCAAAGACUCUCAAUGACGGACAGUUAAAUCUGUAUGUUGUGUGUAUGUGUCAGUUAAUUGAGGACAAAAAAAAAAGAAGAGAAAAAAGUUACAGUUUCAGAGUCAUCAGUUACAUUCAAUGUGAUACAAAAAAAAAAUGUUUUUGCCAUCGUUUUCAUUCACAACCAAUAUAUGCCCUUAUAUUUUUGACUGAAAGUGCCAGAUAGAAGAAUUUUGCAAUUGAGCUCCCACUGUGUCAGCUAUUUACUCACUGUAUAUCCAAGUUUUGAUAAAUAGCCACAACAUACUCCUAGGUUUGAAUGCUCUUACUUAACAGUUCCUAAUAGUAGUGACUUGUUCCUGCCCCGCCCCCAGUUUAACGGGUCCGUUUUGUCAAUGCAGUCGCGCUUAUCGCGCAGGACAUUCCAGCCUUUUUUCUUUCACCGGAACACUCACUACCAAAGUCGCUACUGUCCCCCGUUAAACAAACCUGCCAGCAGGUCAACGCCCCUCUCAGUGUACAAACAGUUCUGCAACAAGCAGUGUUUACCCACAGUUUCUGUUUCACAUGGUUUAGCAUUACAUUAAUAACCCUCCCCGCGUAGUGAAUAUACUGCUCUAGUUUUUGAAUUACUGAGUGAACAAUGCAAAGCACUUUUUCAUUGAAGCCUGUCAUUUUCCUGUGAGCGUCUCCAGUUAGAGUGAACUCGUCUGCCUUGAAGAGAAGAGCUGGGGGAAAUAAGAUUGUUGUGUCUGUGGGACCCCGGUGACGGCAAUAUUAUUACACACAAACAGGAGUCUUUUCUCAGUAGAUUUUUGUAAGCUGUGAUUUUCCUUCACAUGGAUUUGUCACAGUGUCAAUUCAAGUAUAAGUUAAAGGAUGAGAAACCGGGAAGUUUGGUUCCUCUCGGCUCUUUGGGGUUCAGCUCUAAGUCAGGUCUGGUUUCACUUCACUUUUAAUUCAGGUUUUUUUUUUUUUUUUCAGCCUCAAAGGACAAAAAUCAAGUAGAUCUGAAAGUCAAUUGAGAAAAAUAUAAAUAUUGAAAAGUAUUUCGGAAGUCCUGCUUUGUUAGAUUUGGAAGAGACUGAAUUGAAAGUGAACUGACACUAGAUCUGCUCUUCAGAUGUGUUUUUUUUUUUUGGGGAAGACACUCUGCUCCCCCCUGUCCUGCCAUGCAGGUCAGCCUCGAUAUGCACACUAAACCGGAGGAAUGGUCUACUAGUUCUUUUUUUGAGAUGAGAAAUAUCAAACUGAGACCUCAUGGAAAUUGACCAUGAAUUAUUUAAUAAAGGUUCUCUAGUU